CCUCGACGCCGCCGGCGCCGACGGCCCCGCGCCGGGCGCCGCCGCGGGCGACGGUUCCGGCGCCGCUGGAGGCGACUGCGAAGCUGAAAGCGGCGGCGGCGUGGGGCCCGCGCCCGAGAUCCCCUUUUCGCUGGUCCUCGCGGACUUUGGGGAGUCGGUUGUCUACGGCGCCUGCGCCGACGGCGGCGGCGGCGCUCCCGCCUUCACGUCCCGCCACCGCGGCAGCGCGGCAUUCAUGAGCCCCGAGAUGCACAUGCUGGGCAGCGGCAGCCACGCGCGGGAGCACGCGGCGUACGACAGGCGGCGGCUGCGGGGCGCGGGCAAGGCGCACGACGUGUGGAGCUUGGGGUGCUGCCUGUACGAGCUGCUCGUCGGGUCCCCGCUUUUUGCAGAUGAGGCCGAGCCCGCGCUGCGCAUCGGCGCGGCCCUCGAGGCCGACGCACGGCGCCGCGCCGAGGCGCGCCGCGACGGCACCGCCCACCGCCAGGCGUCGAUCCUGCGCGACACAGACCGCGCCCGCCUGGCAGCCCUCCAGCAGCAGCAGCAGCAGCAGCAGCAGCAGCAGCAGCAGCAGCAGCAGCAGCCCGACGGCCUGGCAGGUGUCCUGCUUGAGCUGGUGGACUCCACCCUGGUGCUGGACGCGGUGCACAGGCCGGGGCUGGGGGAGGUCGCGCGGCGCGUGAGGCGCGCGCUGGAGUCGCUGCCGCAGGGCUAG